ACAGCGUGGGAGACCUCUGAGGGCAAUCUGUAGCAGCACCGACAUGAAUUAGUUAUCCGCCAACUAGAGCCUUGAUAGAGGCUACCGAGGCGAAGCAUCGAGGUGGCAGCUAUAUCAGCCGUCUAGAUCAUGGGCUGCUGUAUAUCACGCCCGUCGGGGCCCAACUCGCCCUAUCCCGGAGAAACUGGGGCAUCCGGAUCUGCCAGGGCUAUCAACGCUCAGCCCCAGCCGACCGGGCCCCCGACCACCACACGGACCGGGACCGAUGAUUCACUCCCCGUCCCAUCAUCCGGCCGUCGCCGCAGGAGUAGACAACCCCUCGACCAGCAUAUCAAUAAACCCCUGCGCCGCCAUGAGUGGACUUGCCGCAACCGAACAUGGACUCCCCUAUCUCUCGAGCGGGAGCGUCGAGAUUUCUUUGACACAAGAGUCACAGGGAGGGAGGAGGUAUGGCAAGCCCUCCGAGCUGCCCUCGAGUUGAUGUGGGAAGCGGAGUCUGGCCUUAGAUCCGGAAACCCUCACGAGAACCCCGAGAGAUCGGAAGGGGAGGGCGUCGGGCCGAGCGAGGAGACACGCGCCGCCGCAAUAGCGACGGCCCAGACAAUAUUAAAUGCAGCCGACAUCACUUUGCCCACGGGCGACCUGGCACAGGGUGCCUAUGACCUCAUGGGAAAUUACUACCCACUCCCCGAAUACAUCGUGGCAGACCCGCUCAAUAUAUCCCUGGUUGAGUGUCGGUCGAGCACACACCGGCAUAGCGGCGUUGGCGAUACGAAGGGAGAUUUAACGGCCGGCGAAGAAUCUUACGAUGAUCAGGAUUUUGAGUGCGAGGACGAGGCUGAGCGCCGAAGAGAGGAAAAGGGCAAAGCCGUCUUGGAUAUACGAGACCAGGUUCAGGUGAAGGCUAGACUGAGCGAGGGUUCCCAAGACGUCACCAUCUCCAUGGGCCAAUUCGAAAACGUACGGAGUUUGGCUCGGCGCAUUAAGGAAGAGGCCGGGCUACCCGCUGGCAAGAAGAUCCGCAUUGCUUACCUGGGCAAGAUCCUCAAGGAGAGGUCUUCCCUCACAUCACAAGGGUGGAAACAGGACCACGUUAUCAACGCGCUGGUAUUCAACCGUUAGCAGCAUCCGCCUAGCCACCCUGCGCUUGGCCAUUGGGCGCGGCGCCGUCAUAUUUUCCUUCCUGCCUGGAAAGGGGCCACGAUCUGCUUCCAGGUUACCCUCAAGACACCCCACGAGGUGGACGAGACGUGUGCA